AUGUCCAUAAGGCUCGGUACUGUGAUAUACACAGCUGUGAAGCCCAUUUUCAAGAUCUAUUUCAUCAUUCUUUGUGGGUUCUUCUUGGGGAAGAGAAACAUCCUUACGGUGGAAACUGCGAGAAAUGUAUCAGAUAUUGUUGUAUCUCUAAUUUUACCAUGCUUAGUGUUUAAUAAGAUUGUUACCAACAUAGAGAACUCAGAUAUCAAACAGAUAGGUAUUGUUGUGCUGGUGAGCAUAGUCCUUUUUGGAUUAGGUGGGUUAGGUUCAUUGAUUAUCUAUUACACAACAAAAAGUCCCAGAUAUUGGAAAGGUGGUUGCGUUAUGGUGGGAUUAUGUCCAAAUAUUUCAGAUCUACCAAUUGCAUACAUAUCUACACUGGCUUCUGGAUUGGUUUUCAGUGAAAAGGAAGGUGAUAUGGGGAUUGCCUAUAUAUGUAUAUUUACUGCUGUUCAGGUGUUUAUGCAAUUCAAUCUAGGGAGUUUCAAACUAAUAGGUUGGGAUUUUGACCAGCAAAGAAAGCAUGAAGACCUAGAACAGUCACCAAAAUCCCCAGAGAACCCGUUGGAAGAUGAAGAGGAUACAUCAAGUUCAAGAUCGUCAUAUGAUCCAAACCAAAAUCAAGUUAUCCCAUUGGAAGAUUUAGAAAGAACAAAUACAACAGCAACAAAUGCAACUUCAAACUUGUCAUUAAGAAGAGCAAGAUCUCAAUCAAUGCAUGACGUUAUCAAUGAAUAUUCACAAGCCUCAAGAAUAAUAUCUGGUAAAUCUCAACCAGCACCAGGUGAAUUCACAGAUUUGAAGACAAUACCCACAUCAACAGCAUCAUCAAAGAAACAGAAACCCAAAAUUGUUCAAUUUUGUCUAUUCUUUUUAGAUAAUUUCAAAAGACCAUUAUCAAUUGCAUUAGUCGUUGCCAUUAUAAUCUCCAUGAUUCCUUGGGUUAAAGCAUUAUUCGUCACAACUGAUCAAGCUUCAUUACCAAAUGCUCCAGAUCAACAACCGCCACUAUCAUUCAUUAUGGAUUUCACUGGUUAUUUAGCAAAUGCCUGUGUCCCACUAGGGUUAUUGAUCCUUGGAUCUACAUUAUCAAGAUUAAGUAUAGGUGCUAUGCCACCAGGAUUUUGGCAAACUCCAUUAGCUUUGAGUAUCCUAAGAUUAGUGAUUUUACCAAUCAUUGGAGUAUUGAUUAAUACAAGAUUGCACACGAUUGGAUGGUAUGAUGAUGACAAGAUCUUACAGUUUGUUAGUACGAUUGUUUUUGGGUUGCCCAACGCAACUAGUUUGAUUUAUUUGACUGCAUUUUAUACACCAUUGGAAGGUGAUCAUAAACAAAUGGAUUAUUUGGCAUUGACUUAUAUCAUUGAGUAUCCAUUAUUGGCUAUCAGUUUACCAUUCGUAACGACAUAUACUAUUAAAGUGUCUUUAGGUUAUUGA